CCGGGUCACAGUUACACCUACACACAAACAGACAAACGCAGCCAUAGGACGACGGAGAGGAGAGGAGAAAGAGGAUCCGCCGCUGACAACAACAACAAACACAAAGAUGUCUCGAACAACGCCGAGUCCCGGUCGGUGAGAUGCCGGUAACGGAGCGGAGAGGAUGCGGCGCGUGGUCGAGCUGCUGGCGCGUGCUGCUGCUCGCUGCGUCCGCGCUCGUGCUGCUGGCGGAGAGAGCGGCGCUGGUCUGCUGUUUGGGCUUCUACCUGUGGCAGGAGGAGCUGUGUUUGGCCGGAUUGACCUUUGCCCUCAUGUUGCCGGGGUCACUGGUGCAGGUGUUGAGUUUCAGAUGGUACAGGGCCGACGGAGACAAACGUACAGGCCACAAUUUCAUCAUUCACACACUUCACCUGGGCCUCUUUAAAAGGUUUUGGGAUUGCAGUGUGUGUGAAUGGACAGCUCCGGGCUUGUCGCACUCGCAGGAGGUGAUGCAGCAGGCGGACGUGUCUGCUUUGCGUCUGCUGGAGGUCUUGCUGAUGACUCUACCGCAGACGCUCCUGCAGACAUACGCUCUUACCAUUACCGGCUACGGCCUCUCAUCUCCAGUCGCUCUGUGCGGUGCCGUGUGUUUGCUCUCACUGUCCUGGGCGCUGGUGCUCUACAGUCGGGCCUGUUGCUUGAUCCGUCCUGGGCAUUUGCAGAUGCCGCCAGCGGCGCUCCUGUGCCAGCUGCUGUGGAGGGCGGGCAUGUUAGCCGCCCGCUUCACCAGCCUUGCCCUGUUCACCCGCACCUUCGGCUGCUGGGUCAUCGGGGUCGUGGCCUCUCAUUGGUUGAUGGCUGCACUGUGGAUGGUCUCCCAGCAGACUGAUAUAUAUGUUGGUCAGUGGUCAUGGCGCGUGUUUAACAUCAUUCUGGGAGGUGUACACGUGUUCCUGUUUCUCAACGUGAAGGACGGACCAUCCCGGUUCCGGAUGGCAGGAUUCUAUACGGUGAUGCUGCUGGAGAAUGUUACACUGAUAUUGGCUGCUUCUGACAUCCUGACUGAUGCAUCAUGGGAUAGCCUGACCGUUCCCACUGCUGUGCUCUGCAGCUUUCUGCUCGGUUUGACAUCCCUGAUGUUGUACUAUCGUUUCCUGCAUCCCAAGUCCACUGAAAUCUCUCAGGGUUUGCAUCAGCGGGCACACAUGGGCCGAGAGUGUCUUCAGCAGGGCAAUUCGUCCUUCUCUCUGGGGGACAAAAGUCUUCCUCUGGCCCCUCUUCCCAUGCUCUUCCCAUCCUCUCAUCCUUCCUUCUCCCUCUCUGGGAUUCCCGGCUCUCUACUGGAGCAUCCCGGGAGCUGCGGCGUGAAGGCAGAUGGGGAGUGCCGCCACCAUCACUGGUUGCUGAUCCGACUCGCCCUGAAAACCGGCGACCCGGGUAAGAUUAACGGGGCGUAUGGGGCGGGUGGAGUAUCCGGGAUACUGAUGGUUGAUCAGAAGGGAGAAAUCCUAGAAGACGGGUGUGUGUCCACCUCAGAAAGCCGGGACGACACAAUGGCGCCGCUAUCCGACUGCAGGGAAGAGUUUGAGAGCGUGAGCGAAGCCAGAGCGGAAGAGGAAGCGGAUGAGGAUGACAGUCUCGAAAUGGAGAGCCCAUUAGAGUCGCCUGUCUCUGAGUGCAAGAGGAGCUCGCCGGAGGGAAAGUCUGUGUUUGGGGACAGUCCUGAACCCAAUUACUGCCCCACCGAAUCCAGCUCCACUUUAUACUUCAGCGCCGACCCACAAUCCCCGAGCAGCUCCAGUAACCCGCGUCUGGACCGCGAGACGGCCUUCGGUUUCGGCUCUGGAACCGGGCUGGAGACUCUGGAUGAGCUGAGUCCCAUUUCCAUAGACAGCGGGCCGCACAGGGAUCUCGUCAGGGGGCUUCUGGGCCGAGCGGGGCCCUGCUACACUUCCGCGCCCGGACUGAAUGGAGAGAGUUCUGGAAGCCACCUCAGAGGCCCCCGCAGGCAGGUUGUUCUGUCCCGCAGGGGUCCAGAAGAGGACGGUGGGUUUUAACAGCAUUCACCGUUUAAACUUUAAGGGGCGUUCACACUGACAGCGAUUUUCCAGCAGAAAGUUUUGAGGCACUGUUGCAACGUGUCUUUAACUUUAUGCAAAUGAGCUUCAAUGGCAUCUGGAGAGUGAAGAUGAUAGGAGUGAAGGUAAGAUGGAGGAGGAGCUAAUGCUGUUGUGAGCGUUUCACUGUUCUGUGUAAUUUGUCUUUGCCCACAUUCAGGGAUAUAAUUUAAAAAAAAUGUGGAAAGCUAUUUAUCUUUUCCAUGAUGUGAUAUAUUAUACACUGCUGCAAUUUCUAUACUCUUUUCCCUUCCAGAAUGUGAAGUGGCAGGAAAACAGAUUUGUUGUCACAUUAAAUAUAUAUAUAUAAAAUAUAUACACUACUGUUGAAAAGUUUGGGGUCUCUAAUUUUUGAAAUACAUCUCUUCUGCUCACCAAGGCUGCAUUUAUUUGAUUAAAAAUACCGUAAAACAGUAAUAUUAUUACAAUUUAAUAUAACUGUUUUCUAUUUGAAUAUAUUUUAAAAUGUAAUUUAUUCCUGUGAUCAAAGCUGAGUUUUCAGCAUCAUUACUCCAGUCUUCAGUGUCACAUGAUCAUUCUGAUUUGCUGCUCAAUAAACAUUUUUGAUUAUUAUCAAUGAUAAAAACAGUUACUGCUUCAUAUUUUUGUGGAAACUGCGAUACAUGUUUUCAGGAUUGAAUAGGAUAAGUACAUCAUGUAUUUGAAAUACAAAUAUUUUGUAAUAUUUACUGUCACUUUUAAUCAAUUUAAUGCAUCCUCACUGAAUAAAAGUAUUAUUUUCUUUCAAAAAAAAAAUUCUGACCCCAAACUUUUGUAAAAAUAUAUGCAUAAAAAAAUAUAAUAAUAGUUUUACGGCUAACAUACAGCCGCUUCCUCUAACGAUCACUGUCAGUAUGAACGAACAGGGCAUUAAUUUAUGAAAUACAAGCAGCUGGAACAUUAAAAACUUGAACCUGGAUAUUUAAGACUUUAAAAUUGAAUAAAACAUUCAGACAUAUGAAGAUAUAAACUUUAUUGAAUGUUUAUUUUUCUCUUGUUCUGUUUUUAGUUCUCUCACUGUCUAUCUGUUAUGUUCAGAAUGGAAUACUAGUGUGCACAAGUGCAUCCUAGUUUUUGAAUAAAAUAGUAUCUAAAGUAGUAUGCGAUAUGCAAUAUUAAAUAAGUAACAUUAUCACAUGACCUCAUCACAUUGCUUGUUCAAUUAAGCUGCAUUUAGUUAUCAUCUCAGAAAUAAAAAUGGUUAUUUUACAUUUUUAAUCCAGUUAUUUGACAAAAUGUUGCAACUACUGACAGUCCAAACAAAUAAUAUUUCUAAAAGGAGAUAAAAUCAUCAUCUGUGUAUUUCAUGCAUGUAUGGGAGUAAGCCAUUCUGAACAUAACCAAUAAAAAUCUACAUGCUGUUGGUUUGAGCUGAAAGCACAAUCUUUCUGUAAGCUACAGGUGUGUGUGUGUGUGUGUGUGUGUGUGUGUGUGUGUGUGUGUGUGUGUGUGUGUGUGUGUGUGUGUAUGUGUUCUGUUUAACUUCUGUCCUCUCAGACUGUAAUGUAAUUCCACUCUUAUGAAGGGCUGUGGUCUGGUUUAUUAUUUUUUGGUGCCUGAUACAGACAUAAAUAGAGACAAAACUCAUCUCAGAACAUCAUAUCUGCAUUAGAGCAUUAGAACCACCAUAAUUAUGAUUAUUAUAUUUAGAUUAUAGAUUUGGUCCACUGCUCCAUGUCAGAAUAUUUCCUCUCUGAUCUUUUCUGGUACUUCAGUUAUUUGUAUCAGUUGAAUGCCAUCUACAGAGAUGUAUCAUCGUUUCUUGGAUUUAUUUAUUUAUUGCUAAUCUAUGGUUUUGUGUUUGAAGCAUAGGUCAGUUUUGUUUAGUUUUUUUUUUAUCCCUUUGUAUUUUUUCAUGCUUCAAAUACUAACCGUAACCCUAAAGUCUAUCUAUCUAAGCUGUUUAUUUACUUCAUUAUUUUUUAUAAUUCAUUGAUUUGUUCAUUUACGUAUUUAUAACAACAGUUUUUGGUUGGAGCUCAUCUUUACAGAGUUGUACAAAUAACAUCUAAAAUAAAACAAAACGAAACAAAAUUCUGAAAGAUAAACAUAUUCUAUAUAUGAUACAAUUGCCUUGGAUAGGAACUCAAGGCUCAUAAUGUAUCAGGGUUAUUUUAGUGAAUAUCCACUGGAGUGUUUUUUCACUGUUUAAAGUGCUCACUGUGUGUGUGUUUUCCAUUGUUUUUCAUUAAAGCAUUUUGAGAGUGUGAAUUGUUAUUUGCAUGCAUUUUUCUGAAGGAUGCUUAAACUGUGUGCUUAAACAGUAGUGAUGGGUUAUGUCCCCUAACAGGUCAAUAUCAGCAAUAAUUUCAAAGCAAAUUCAGCCAUAAGGUGAUUAGCUGAUAUUGUCAAUGAAAGUUUGUUUGAUUUUUCUGGAUGUGGGUUGUUUGCUCUUAAGGUGAAUUCCAUUUAUUCAUUAAAUUAAUUUCACAAGAA